CAGCUUUGGUUUACAGCGAAUUCUUCAUCAUUUUAUAUUGGUAAGUCCAGGAUCGUCCAUCCAGAUGUGUUGGCAAACAAAGAAACAACAUGAAAAUAUUUUAUUUUAAUGCAUAAAAUUACAAGAAAAAAAAGAGGGGGGGGGGGAAUGUUGCUUUAUUAUACUAAGUGAUUUUGUUAGAAAUAAUUAAAGAUAUUUUUUUUUUUACAAAUUCUGCUAAUUUAGAUUUCAAUUCGUUUUGUGGAAUUUUUAUUCUAAAUGGAAAACGUGUCACCAUAAAAUGAAACUGUAAACAAUAUAGUGGCACUUCAUUGACGCAAAAACUCAAUAUACGCAACUCUGGUCAUAAAACUAAUGUUAAUGAUAUGUUAUAAAUCUAGCGCGUUUUAUUAACACCUCAAGAUAAGAUAUUAAGACAUUAUUAUUUAAAAGUUAAAAGCCUUUAAACGCUUAUUUGUUAAAACGCAAAAUAUUUGAUUUUUUUUUUUGUUUCUUUACUUACCUUUAUGUUUUUAAAUUACUUAAUUUUAUUAAUUUCCCUAUUCAGAUAAACACAGAUCCUUCAUCGACAAGUUGAGAAUCAUUGCUGAGGAAAUGGCCCCAAAUGUGUUCCUUGUCUUAUGUAAUAGAAAUUAAAAGACGCUUAUUUGCUAUCAAUUGAAUUAUUAUUAAAAUAAUAACAAAUGUUAACAUUUAUAUAAAAAAAAGAUAACAAUCAUAAAUAUUAUUAAAAGAUUAACAAAGCGCACAUUUCAUUACAAGGAAAUAUUUAAAUUUAAAAAAAAAAUAAUUACCAAAAUAUUGAUAUUUCAAAUACUUAUUUUUUUGUAAUGCACGUAAAUUGUAAAUUUGUAGAAGUUCUUAAGUGAAAAAUACGUAUUUUGAUUAUGGUAAUAAUUGAGAUAACACCCGUUAUUAAGCAACUUACGUUUUCUCGCUGAAACGCAGCAACACUGACAAGUGGUCUAACCAUUUGUCUUUACUUUUUUACCUAGCUCUGACGCUGGUCCUUAUGAUGGCAUAUGGUGAGUACACACUAGAAUAGACGAUGACAAUGCUUGUGUGUGUGUGUGUGUGUGUGUGUGUGUGUGUGUAGGGGAUAAAGAAGAAAAGGAGGAGUUUAACACACCCCAUGAUGACGCGACCCGUUGUAAUGCACCCCACUGUAACUCACCGCGCUAAAACGCGACCAACUAUAACACAACUCGUUACAACACACCCCACUAUAGCACACACUACUAUAACAGACCACACUAUAAAACCACUCCCUAUAACACAUCCAGCAAUAACACACCCCACUAUAACACAUCCCGAUAUAAUGCACCCCGCUAUAACACAAGCCCUACUCUAACUCAUCACAAUCUAACACACCCCACUAUAGCUCACCAGAAUAACACACCACGCUAUAGCACAUCCUGGUAUAACACAUCCUGGUAUAACACACCCCACUACACCAUACCCCGCUAAAACAAAUCCCACUAUAACACACCCCACUGUAACACGACCCGCUAUAACACACCCAACUGUAACACGGCCCGCUAUAACACACCCGCUAUAACACACCCGCUAUAACACACCCGCUAUAACACAUCCGCUAUAUCACAUCCUACUAUAACAUAGCCCGCUAUAACACACCCGCUAUAACACACCCGCUAUAACACACCCGCUAUAACACAUCCGCUAUAUCACAUCCUACUAUAACAUAGCCCACUAUAACACACCCCACUACAACAUAUCCAGCUAUAAAAAUCCCGCUAAAACACAUCUCGCAUUAACAUGCCCCAGGUGCUUCAUUUCAGGUACUUUUUUUUUUGGGGGGGGGGGGGUCAAUUCCUACACCGUCUUCUUGGAUUGAUUACAUUCGUCAGUUCUUUCAUCCGUUGAAAAGUCGUACUAUUCUCACUUUCAAUUAACAAACUCAACUCCUUUUCAUAAUAACUAUAACUUUAAUAUCUAAGUAAAUAUAAUAAACAUCCUAUCACUCCAAGGUUCCACUCAAGACUGCCGCACGACUAAAACAUACGUCACAACACUGCAUAGACCAUACGUCACGACUCAGCAUAAAAAUACGUCAUAAAGACAAUGGCGGGAAGAGCGUUCACUAACUAUAAUAGUCAAGCGCGGGAAAAGCGUUCAACAACUAAUGAACAUAAUAUUGAGUCGCAACAAUUACUAAUGAACGCUCAUACUCGACAGGGGGUGGGGCAAAACUUGGUAGGGAUAUUAAGUUAUUUAUUACUGGAGGCGCUACAGUUCAUAUCAAUUUAAAUAAAAAACCAGCAAAUUCUUGGGGCGGGGGCUGCAAACGCCCCAACCUGCCCUACCCAAAUGACGUGCCUGGUUUAAACGUUUGCAAAACAAAAACAAACAAAAAUUACUACCAUUGGCCAACCUGCGACAGUGUUAUCUGCAUUUGAGCAAACAUGUUAAAUUUAUUGAUACAUUUUAUGUCUAGGUCGGUAACAGAAAUUUAAUUUGAAGAAAAAAAAAAUUGGAUCUUUUAUUCUAAGCACGAAUCAGAUUUGCUAGAAAACGUCCACUUCACAUGGAGAAAUAACAAUUGAACUUUGUCCUCAGGCUUGAGCCAUUCCCGUCCACAAUUGUUCAGACUUUUUAAAAACGAAAGAAAACGUAAAACCUUUUAACUAUUACUAUAUUAUUUAUCGGUCCGACCGAAUCAACUUACUUUAUUUAGUCCGUCUCUUUUGUUCAGUUUUGGGGGAAAAGCUAAACAACACAUAACAUCUGACGAACUGAGUUUUGAUUCUGCAUUGUGGUAUUUGGAUUGUGCCGUUAAGAUUCAAGUACAAAAAAAAAAUAAUAAUCUUUGGUAAUUUCAAAAAAAAAAUUAUUAUUUUUUAAAUUAUGAAGUUACCAUUUAAAAAAAAAAAACAGUAUAGCACAUGAAAUGAAUUAUGAAUAAAAACGUCAUGUAGUCCCCAUGUGAUUCUGAUGACCUUUCUACUCUAGCGAGCGUGUCGUGAGAUGUACUGGGUUAAAUUUAAGAUGGUCGUGGUAUCCAGGAUAUGAAAAUACGGGGCUGCUGGGGCGCCGCUCAAAAAAGGGAGUAAUAAAACGUAUUGUCUUUGAAUGACCUCUUCUCUAAUCCAAACAGAGGCUGGAGGAUCGUCAUCAACAACUGGAGCAACAGCAACAACGGCCGGAGUAGAUACGUCAACGACUGGAGCAACCGCAACAACGACUGGCGCAGCGCCAAGUGCGACUGGAUCAAUCGCAACAUCUGCUGGAUCGGAUGCAACAGGGUCUGUCACUGCAACUGGAAACCAAACAUCGACGACGGCAAAAAGUAAUAUCAAUAUAGAAAUGCAUUUUUUUAUACCUUUUCUUAUACACCUUUUUAUCGUGUGUGGGAAUUUUAAUGUUAUUAAUGGUAUUACUUUAUUAAGAUAUAGCUUUAAUAUGUAUGUAAAAAAAUAAGACCCCGCAAUUAGGGGUGUCAAGAUGACGCCCUGCAAUGAAGGGCGUCAAAAUAAGGCCCUGCAAUGGAGGGCGUCACGAUAAGGCCCUGCAAUGAGGGGCGUCAAGAUAAGGCCCUGCAAUGAAGGGCGUCAAGAUAAGGCCCUGCAAUGGAGGGCGUAAAGAUAAGGCCCUGCAAUGAGGGGCGUAAAGGUAAGGCCCUGCAAUGGAGGCUGUAAAGAUAAGGCCCUGCAAUGAAGGGCGUCAAGAUAAGGCUCUGCAAUGAAGGGCGCCAAGAUAAGGCCCUGCAAUGAGGGGCGUCAAGAUAAGGCCCUGCAAUGGAGGGUGUAAAGAUAAGGCCCUGCAAUGAAGGGCGUCAAGAUAAGGCCCUGCAAUGAAGGGCGUCAAGAUAAGGCCCUGCAAUGGAGGGCGUCAAGAUAAGGCCCUGCAAUGAGGGGCGUCAAGAUAAGGCCCUGCAAUGGAGGGCGUCAAGAUAAGGCACUGCAAUGGAGGGCGUCAAGAUAAGGCCCUGCAAAGAGGGGCGUCAAGAUAAGGCCCUGCAAUGAGGGGUGUCAAGAUGAGGCCGUACAAUGAGGGGUGUCAAGAUAAAGCCCUGCAAUGAAGGGCAUCAAGAUAUGGCCCUGCAAUGAGGGGCGUCACGAUAAGGCCCUGCAAUGAAAAAAGGGGGGGGGGUGUUUAAUGCAUUUUAUGGAUUUCAUGUGUAUCACUCAUUAACAAUGAUUUUCCGAUGUUGUUAUACACUUUUAGUAUAGAACCAUGUCGUAGUUCAGAACUCUAAAAAAUUAAUUUUACUCGCAUUAAUGUAGAGCGUCGAGUUAUUAAAGCUUAGUUCACGUAUUUCAAUACUGAUAACUCUCUAGGUAUUGAAAAGGAAAUUACACACCCCACUAGCUCACUAGUUCACCCCCCUUAUUUGGGGUGCUAGUAUUGAAAGGGAAAUUACAGGGUAAUGCAAUGGGCUGGCUUGCAAAGGGAACACAAAAUCCUGAUAACUGCGCUAGAUGUGAUUCAUGUCAAUGACCCUUAAAACAAGUUUUUGGGAAAAAAAUUAAUAAUCACGCAAUUAAAAGGGCGGGGGGGGGGGGUGGGUGUGUGAAAAUUUGACAUAACAUGUACACAAGUAACGCACUUUUUAAGAGUGCAAUUAGUGCUCCACCCACCCACCCUUUUUUUUUUCAAGGCUUGCAACCGCACAUUUUGUUCACGCCCCUGAACUAUAUUAAUAUUCUAAUGGCUCACCUGAUUUAACACUGCGGAUUGAUUUUAAAAGCUAUUUCAGAAAAAAUAAAUGAAAACUACGCUCCAAAAGCAAUUUCGAAUUUUUUUUUAGGAAUCUCAUUUAGAGCAGUUGUCGGGAAUUUUAUGUUGUGAAAUAAAUGGCAUCAUAUUUCCUCCAUGGGAUGUUUCUUACUGUAACUAAUUAGACUUUUGUGACAGCAACAUAGUUCAUAAUACAUUAUGUUGUCACAAUUUUUAAAAAAAAAAAAUUUUUUUUACUGCUAGUUCUAAUUUAAUUACUUCCUGCCGCUACUUCACAGAUGAUGUCGGUGUCUUGAUCUAUUCCACGGCUACACUGAUUGUCUGUUCGCUGACCCACUUCAUGCGAUAAACAUUCAAUUAUGAAUCAUCAAUCUUAUUAGUCUGUUUAUAGUACAAUGGCGUCAUGAGUAUUUUAUUUUUAUCAAUUCAAUAUUUUCAUUUGUUUUUUUAUUAAAGCUAAAAAUAUUAAUUUAUUUGAUUUUCUUUUAUAACACAACGACUGUACAACCAAGACUUGAACCAAAACCAUAUUUGAAUGUGGUCUGUGUUGUUAUUUUAGUUGUAGUUAACGUCAGUCAUAUUUAUUUUAACAUUCUUAAAAUGGCAAAUUUAAUUGAUGAAAAAAAAAUGCCUCAACUGUGAACUUCAUGGCAAACCUUUGAUAGUGGUUGAGUCCUUGUGUGGGUACUCAAACCUGCGAAUGAAAAGGUGAGCGUGUGAAUUCAAAGAAGCAUCGGCUCUUUGCCCAAAUACCCAUUAUGAAUGUUUCAAUAGAAUGUCUCAUCAAUAAAUAUAUCUAUCUAUAUUUUUUAGGUUCAAAUUUUCAUUUUGAUUUGAUCAUUUUUUUUUAUUAAUUUGUUUUGUGUGAUGUUGCUUACAAUAUAGAAGUCUAAAAAUACAGAAACAUUUUACCAUCAAAAUAGAUCAACCAAUUUCUAUAAAAUUAUAUAGGGCAUUUUAAAAAAUAUGUAAGAUUAUUCAAUGAUGUCAGGUAACAAGCCAACACUGUGAUAACAAGGGCAGAUUUAGUUACAUGGCAUGAAUAUUGAAACCCAUGAUUUUUAGUUUAUUUUAUUAAUCUCCCUUGGCUAUAUUUAUAACACUAUGCAGAAUUUGUUUUAAAAAUUUUUGUUUAGAAAUAUUAAAAUAUAAAUGACACGC